UACCCUGUGUGGUAGUCUGUCUUCUGGCCCUUGACAGCCUCACUCUGACUGGUGCCCUAGGCAGGUGACUCUGUCACCAGUCACCACCCUCUGGGCUGCCUGGUGUCCAGGGAGUAAGGACGUCUGUGCCCAGGGCCCACCUUCCUUCGUAUCUACCAAUGGCGACGGCUGAAGAAGGCAGUAACCCCCGGGGCAGAGCAACGGCCCGGCCGCAGGUACAGCUGCAGGAGCUCGAGCCCCGAGUGGCCCGCAGACGCCUGUCCCAGGCCCGCCACCGGGCCACCCUGGCUGGGCUCUUCUCCAAGCUCAGGGAGACCGUCUACUCCCAGUCUGAACUCACAGCCUCAAAGUGGCAGGUUUUAAAUAAGGCGAAGACUCAUAUUCAGGACCUGGAACACACUUUGGACAGUCUGCUGAAGCUGAAAGAAGCCUUCUUCCUGGAGGAUGGGAACGCAAACAGCCUAGAAGAGGUCAAGGAAGAAUAUGCCAGAAUGUACUAUCAAAAUCACAGGUAAGGCACACAAGCACCAGGAGAA